AUGAGAGUGUGUCGGUAUCGCCGCUUGCAGGGUGUCUGGGCCUUGUUGCUGUGUGUGUCAGUGGUCCUGCACCUGCUGGUGGCUCUGCUGGUUUUGUCUCUGUACCCUCCACCCUGUGAGCCCCUUCAGUCCUCUUCAUCUCAGCCGCACCCCAACCUCACCUCAGCCGACGGCACACGCAGACGAGGGAAGCAGGAGGUGCGUGAGGGAGGGGCCGACCUGUCCAAGCUGGAGGCUCUGUUCUCCCAUCCGCUGUACAACCUGCAUGCCCCCCCCUCUCCUGAUGAGGACUGGUUGCUGAGAGUCCGAUCCAAAGGGGCAGCAGAGCAGAAUGCAGAGCAGUGGUUGAGUGACAGCAAGGAGGGCUUUGAUCCAAUCCACUGGAACACCAGCACUGACACUCACCCACCCUGGCUCAGGUUUCACCUGGGCAUCUCCCGCAGGCAGCUGUACCAGCACAGGGACUCCAACCUGCCUGCGCUUCUAGAGGAGAUGGCCACCAGCCGCAUCGUCAGCACAGUUCAGAAGACAGGAGGAACUCAGCUGAAGCUGCUGAUGACGUUCCCUAACUAUGGUCAGGCUCUCUUCAAGCCUAUGAAACAGGAGAGGCUUGAGGAGACCAAUGUCAACCUGUACUAUUUCUCUGACUUUGAGAGACACAAUGCUGAGAUCGCAGCUUUUCACCUCGACAGGAUUUUGGGUUUUAGGCGAGUUCCUCCAGUAGUGGGAAGGCUGAUUGACGUCAUCAAGGAGAUUAAAGAUGUCACCACAGAUCAUAAACUGGUGCGGACUUUCUUCAACUCCCCAGUUGGAAACUCGUGUUUUUAUGGCCAGUGUUCGUACUACUGCUCCACGGAGCAUGCUGUGUGCGGCCGACCCCAUGCUCUGGAGGGCUCCCUGGCCGCCAUGCUGCCUGACCUGUCCCUGGCCCCUCGCCGCUCCUGGAAAAACCCCUGGAGGCGCUCCUACAGCCGCAGCAAGCUUGCACUAUGGGAGAAAACCCCAACGUACUGCAACGCUGUGAAAAAGACUCCACCCUAUGAUCGAGGCACCCGAUUGGUGGAUCUCAUAGACAUGACUAUCCUGGACUUUCUGCAAAGUAAUAUGGACAGACACCACUAUGAAACAUUUGAGUUUUUUGGCAACAAUACAUUCCUCAUACACUUGGACAAUGGGAGAUCAUUUGGUCGUUACUCUAAGGAUGAGCCCUCCAUACUCGCCCCUCUUGUUCAGUGCUGCAGAAUCCGCCGCUCUACGCUGUUGCGCCUGCGUCUGCUGACUCUCUCACAGUACCAUUUAAGUGACAUGAUGCGGGCUUCCCUGUCCCAGGACCCUCUGGCCGCUGUGGCCCCUGUGCUUGCUGAGCCACACCUCUCUGCAUUAGACCGUCGGCUAGCAACAGUCCUUCAAACUGUCCAACGCUGUCUCUUGCAGCACCCACAGCACAGUGAGGUCAUAUAUGAUGACAUCCCUGACUAUCCAGGCUAG